AUGUCGGGGAAUCUGGAUCAUGACACCAGGCCUCGCGUUGAUGGCUUCAUUCAGCCGUAUAUGAAGAAGAAGCCUCCUUUCAGUGUCGAAGUGCCUGGUGUUGAGAAGAAAGAUGGAGAGACGAUUCCGCGCCGGAAUCCUCUUGCCAAAGAUGAACUCAUCGGUCGGCCCACUGCUGAUAUUACAACCAUAUACGACAACCUCAAGCGAGCUGUUAAGAAAUUUGGCAAUGCCAAAGCUAUGGGAUCUCGCCGGGUCAUCAAAGAGCAUGUUGAGAACAAGAAGGUCAAGAAGAUGGUCGAUGGUAAGGAGCAGGAGGUCGACAAGAAAUGGACAUAUUGGGAGCUGAGUGGCUACGAGUACAUGACCUUCAUCGAGUAUGACAAGCUUGUACAUGAGCUGGCUUCGGGCCUCGCUGGCCUGGGCCUGAACAAGCAGGAGAAGGUGCAUGUCUAUGGUGCCACCAGUGCUCAUUGGCUUGCUAUGUCCCAUGCCUGCGGAUCCCAAUCAAUCCCCAUCGUCACAGCCUACGACUCCUUGGGCCCAGACGGUCUGAAGCACUCGCUCAAGCAGACCAGCUCCAAGGCCAUUUUUCUCGACCCGAAUCUGCUCGGAACACUUGCCAAUAUUAUCGAUGAUGCGCCCAGCAUUGAGCACAUCAUCUACAAUACAGAACCCGAGACCAAAACACUCAACGAGGACCUGGAGAAGAUCAAAGCCAAGCGCAGCUCGCUCACAGUUCAGAGCUUCGAAGAACUGCGCAAAGCCGGUGCUGCAAAGCCCGUUGAGCCUGUUCCUCCCACUCCGGAUGAUCUGUGUUGCAUCAUGUACACUUCGGGAUCGACUGGCCCGCCAAAGGGUGUCAUGCUCAAGCAAAGACAGGUCAUUGCGUCUUUGGCUGGAAUCCAAUCCAUCGUGGCUCCUUACCUUAGCCCAAGUGAUGCUAUUCUGACCUAUCUCCCCCAGUCGCACAUCCUGGAGUACGUCUUUGAGAAUGCUUGCCUGUACUGGGGCUGCAUCAUGGGCUACGGCAACCCCAAAACACUGUCCGAUGCCUCGGUUCGAAACUGCAAAGGCGACAUCCGCGAAUUCAGGCCCACUAUCCUGAUUGGUGUUCCUGCGGUAUGGGAAAGUGUCAAGAAAGGUAUCAUUAGCAAGGUCAACUCCAGUUCGUUUGUUGUCAAGAACAUGUUCUGGGGCGCUUUGUCUUUGAAGCAGACCAUUCUGGGCACGGGUCUUCCCGGCGCUGGGGUGCUCGAUGCAGUUGUAUUCAAGAAACUCAAAGAAGCCACCGGCGGCAGACUUCGCGUCGGCUUCUCUGGCGGCGGACCCAUCUCCCAGGAGACCAUCAAGUUCAUUAGCUACGCCAUCACUCCUAUGAUAUCCGGCUACGGCCUGACCGAGACGUCUGCUAUGGGAGCCAUUCAGGACCCACUGGCUUGGGAUCCAUUGGCCCUUGGUGACAUUCCAGGAUGUGUCGAGGUCAAGUUAGUGGACUUUGCAGAUGCUGGAUACUUCUCGACCAAUAAGCCUCCACAGGGUGAGGUCUGGAUUCGUGGUCCUUCUGUGACCGAAGGCUACUGGGAUAACGAUAAGGAGACUCAGGAGGCCUUGACCAGUGAUGGCUGGUUCAAGACCGGCGACAUUGGCGAGUUCAAUCCCAAUGGUCAUCUCAAGAUCAUCGACCGCAAGAAGAACCUUGUGAAGACCCUGAACGGCGAGUACAUCGCAAUCGAAAAACUCGAAUCCACCUACAAAACAGCUUCGGUCGUGGGCAACAUCUGCGUCUAUGCUGCGGAAGAUAAGAAUCGGCCGAUUGCAAUCGUCGUGCCCGUUGAGGCUCCUCUGAAGAAGAUGGCUUCCGAACACGGAAUUCAGGGAGGCAGCAUUGAGGAGCUUGCUCAUAACAAGAAGAUGAAGGAAGCUGUGUUGAAGGAGCUCCAGAAGGUCGGCCGAGGCUUGGGCCUGAGUGGCAUCGAAAUCAUUGAAGGUGUGGUGCUCGCCGACGAAGAGUGGACCCCACAAAACGGAUUUCUCUCUGCGGCACAGAAGCUACAGCGGAAGAAGAUUCUCGAGCAAUACAAGAAGGAGGUUGCUGAAGCUUACGGUGAAUCUUGA